CAGAUCCAGUCGAUUCGUCGCAUUUCCUACUCUGUCUUGUCUUUUGUCGUCUACAGUCAUACUUCUCGAGUUCUGCGUUUUGUCGUCAUGGCGGGUGAAGACGAGACUCAGCGUCCAAAAAACCAGCAGCAGUCUUCGGAUAGCUCCCGCGGGAGGUAUGACGACGAGAACCCGUUCGUCGCGUUUCGCCGUUUCGCCGAUGAACAGAUCUCCUCCAUGCUCCAGUCGGUGACGGGCCUCCCAUCCUCGGUGCAUCCUCCUCAUAGCGACCAUUGGCCUGUUUUCACAGAGAACAACCACAACAACAACAGAGACUCCCGUGCUCUCCAGCGGGUGGCGGCGGGUGGCAACGACCAGGAAGAUGGCGCACACUCUCAAACCACCUCAACCGACCCAUCUGCACAACGAGAGAACUCGCCAGCAUCGUCGCGAUGGCCAGAGUCCGAAGACCCGUGGAACACGCGUCGCGGACAAAAGCACCCCAAUACACCGUCCGGUUUCUUCGAUGACGUCGAUUUCUUCUUCGACUCCUUCUUCGACCGCUACUGGUUCAACGAUGCCUUCUCCUCGCGGUUCUUCCAUCCUUACCAGCGCCCCUUCUUCGCGAACAUGAUGAGCGACGACUCACCCGCCUGGCCCGUCACAUACCUCAUGUUUAGCCCCUACUCGCCGCUCCACCUAGAGCGCCAAGCGCAAUACCGCGCCCACCGCGAUCGCGGCGUAUUCACCUCCCUCAUGUCUACGCUGAAGCCCUCGAGCUCCGAACACGACCCUGCCGAGCCCCAGUGGCGCGAAGCCUUUGAAGACCUUCUGCGUCUCGAGAACGGAAUGCCCAUGCUGGAACGCGCCGCCGGCGCACAGCAACCAAGCCUGCCGCAGGAAUCCGCAAAGGACUGGCUGCAGGGUCUGGUGAAGAGGGGAAGUAUGGGAGACCGUUGGAAAUAUGUCGCCGGGAAGAACGGUCACCCCUGGUCUUCGAUCACCCUCGACAACUCCAAGGAUAAUCAGGCCCUUCCGGAAGGGGAACGCGCAGACGACCAGGCCGAAAAGACGGAAAUCCGCUGGAACGAGGAGGAUGGCUCCGGAGCGACGACGGAACUGGACAUGUAUGACCGCUUUUUGACGGAUAUUGAGGCGCGUCAGCGCGAGUUCUUUGAUGAAGCUCGCGCGAGUCCCCUCAUGCAUUUCCUUUUCCAGGGUUUACACUCGCCCCGAGACAGGAGGGCCCAGAAGGAGGAGGACAACGACGACGACACAGAGUGGAUAGACCUCGUCUCAGGCGGCCAGAAGACAUCCGUACCUGAUUCUGUCCCGAAGCCAUCGCCAUCACCCCCAUCAUCAGAGCAAGAUCCUUCCAAGGCCGUAGAGCCAGCCCAGCAGCAACAACCCUACGUCAUAUCCACCAAGAUCACAACAGACCGCACCCGCCUCUCAGACGGAUCCGUGCAGACCAAGACGACAAAAACCAAACGAUAUGCGGAUGGUCGCGAGGAGACGAAUGAAUCCGUUGAGGUCGUUCAUCCUUCCCAGCAGCACUCGGAUGGGUCGAGCAAAAAGGGCUGGUUCUGGACGGACUAAUUAGUUGACUAAGUAUGCUGAUGACGCACUGACUAUUCUUUCUUUCUUUUUCUUUUGCUUUUGCUGGUUGGAUUUGUUUUGUGUCCUUCGUUACGAUUCUCCUUCUGUUGAACACUUAGCGUUGUUUUUUUAUUUUUAUUUUUUUCUAUUUUUUUUGGUGUUGGUUUUGAUAUUUCUUCUUUUUUCUUGCCUGACUGCCCUGCCCUGCACUGCAUUAUCGAGUUAUAUAGUUCUCGCGUGACAUGCUCACCCCGCCGAGACUCUCAAUCUGCUUAUGUAUAACACUCACUCACUUCAUCAUUUCCUUUCCAAAUCAUCCCAAAGUUAGUCUGAUCCAUUCCUGCUUUGAUUACGAAGUCAUCACGAGCUAGGCAGUUGAAAC